AGUCCAUCCAUCAACAAAACAUCAAACACAACACACAAUACACAACAAACAACUUGAGAACACAAACAAAAGACUCUAAAAUGGCCAAAGCUCUUCACAUAACCAUCAUGCUCUUCCUCAUAGCCUCCAAUCUCCUCGCACUUAUCAACUCCGCUAGACUUCUCGACGAGAUCCAACCUCAGCCUCAGUUAGUCCCUUCCGGCCAGAUCCCAACCGUGGCUCCAACCGAAGCUGAAGAGGUUGAUGAAACCGACGAUAACCCACCACCAGCAACCACAACCACAACCACAACCGCACCAGCAACUACAGUCCCAGCCGGUCCAGCAGGAGCUACAAAGCCAGUACUAGAGUUCUUCAUGCACGACGUGCUAGGCGGGUCUCACCCAUCGGCUCGUGUGGUCACCGGUAUAGUAGCUCAAACCGAGGUGAAUGGAAUACCAUUCUCAAAGGCAAGCAACAGCAUUUUCCCUGUGGACAACGGAGUCCCACUUGUCAACACAAACAACAUUAACAGUGUCAUUAACCCAAACACAGCCCCACUUCUCACCGGACUCGGUGGUGCUCAGACCAGCACCGUGAUCCAAAACACUAACGGCAAUACCAACGAUGCCUUUAACUCUAACAACCUCCCAUUUGUAACCGCGGGAAACCUUCCUAUUGGUGCUGCUCUCCAGCAUCUUAUGUUUGGAACUAUAACCGUUGUAGACGACCAGUUAACCGAAAGCCACGAGCUUGGCUCAGCUGUUAUAGGGAAAGCUCAAGGCUUUUACUUGGCCAGUUCCUUGGACGGCACAAGCCAGACUCUUUCUCUGACCGUAUUGCUACACGGAGAGCAUGACCAUCAUGACACUUUAGACGAUGCCAUUAGCUUCUUUGGGGUUCACAGGACCGCCUCUCAUGCUUCUCAGAUUGCGGUUAUUGGCGGGACAGGGAAGUUCGAGCACGCCAAAGGUUAUGCCAUAGUGGAAACUCUGCAUAACCAGAACAACCAGCAUAUCACUGAUGGUCAAGACACCAUCCUCCAUUUCAGUGUAUACCUCACAUACAAAGCUUGA